GCGGACAUGUGAUCCGUCAACCCGAAAAGACUACAUUCGGUUUUGUUGAUAUUUGUGUCGUGUUAUGCUCUCAAAGACCUGCUUAGUGGACGCAUUCUGGUUGCUUUUAUGUGAAAAGUGCUGUUGAAUGAGAGAGAUCUGAACAAAUUCUAAGAUAAUUAAUUUUCGUCCCAAUUGUUUCUCUUCUAACUGGAUUUCUGUCGUCUGCUUUUCCUGUCAAAACCGUGAACGUCUGCAUACUAAGGAGUGAUCUUUUUAAGAAGAGAAAAGUGUAUUACUUCAUUCUUCUAGCUGAUAAAACAUGAUGCUGCCAUUACCAUAGAAUCAUAGAUGCAAAAUGACUAUUUAACCCGAUGAAAGCAAGAAAACAGAAGUUAGCCAAUCCCAAGUUGUUUAGCUGAAUUGUGAAGAUGUCGAUUGUACAUGUGACAGGAGGAAGUGGUGGGGGCAUAGCUGCUGACCGUACAUUGUUUGUAGGCCCCAGGAUACCAAGGGAAAUCAAAGCCAUGUCAAAGCCACUAACAAACUUGGACAAGGCAACAUUCAGAAAGCUUUUACAAAUGAUUGUUGCAGCCAUGGAAGGAAAUGACAUAGGUGCCAAACAGUUUAAAGAUCUCCAGAAUGACAAGCUGACAGAGGAAACGUUAACUAUGAUAUACACUGGCCUCUACACCUUAGUGGAACAGGCACUACGCCAGCCCCAAACUUCUCUGAAAAGUGAUGUGUUUGCUGAAGAUUUAAAAGAACUACGCAUUCCUGAAGAUUUCAUUGCUGAUAUAGCCAGUGCUGUGUUUGGAGCCAGACGCUCCAAAAUUGAGGACUACUCCUUGCAUAACAGACCUAGAUUGCCAAAGCUGGAGAACUUCAGCUGGAGAGUAGAUGUUGGCAUCUCAACCAGUGCUUUAAAUAGAGUGUUGGAGCCAAGUGUUAUGAUGCAAAUGACCCUCAGUGAUGGCAAGAUUCACAUGUUUGAGGUCUCGGUGGCUAGAUUCCAUGAGUUGAGGUACAGCGUGGCGUUUGUCCUGAAGGAAAUGGAGGAGUUAGAGAAGAGAAGUAUCCUAAAGAUACAAGAUUGAUCAGAGAAUCUCUGACAAAUCAUCAGAUGUCUACAGCGACUCUAUACUCCUUCACUAUUGGAUGUAAACCGGAAAAGAUAAUGCAUUAUAGGCCCAGCCAGAGAGUUGGGUUUUGGAGGUAUAUCUGCAUUGACAGGAUAGGACAAAGUGAAACCGCUAACGCAGAAACUUCUGUAAACUGCUCCAGCAUUAUAUUAAAUAUCAUUUUAUCAACAUGUUUAUAUAACACUAUAAAGAAUAUAUAUUAUGAUCUAAUUUCAUACUGUUGCCUUUUCUUAAAGGUUACAGAUUCAAGGUGGAUAGAUCCAGGAAUGUUGGCAUCAAGAAGGCAGUAAAAUCAGUAAUGUUAGGGUUAUGGCAACAAAGGGAGUAAAUUCAGUUAUAUUUAUAGGAAUGUGUCCACAAAAGCAGUAAAACUUGUUGUUUUAGAAUUAUGUCCACAAAGGCAGUAAGGUCAGACUAAAUAUGUUUAAUUGAAUUGAUGACAAACUUUGUUGUCAAAGGCAGUAGGAUCAUGAUCUGUUUUAUGCUGAGAUUGCUGAGAAAGACAGUAGGUCAUCUCUUACAUGUAUGUUUGGAUCAGUCCUUAAGAGUGAAAUUUAUCCAUAACUAAGUUAUUUCCACAAGAUAUGCACAGGGCAACAUUUGGAGACAUCUUUGAGUAUCUUGUCUGUCUUGUUCAAGAAGGGAAGAGUGCAAGGAAUUCUGGACUCAUCAAAGGCACUGGUUACAGCUAACAUACAUGUACAUGAAUAAUCAUUUAAGCAGAUUUAAUCAGCUCCUUAAUGGAAAAAAAUUGAGGCGACGGUGUUGUGUCAUAAAGGACUUCCUGGCCACUUCACAGAUUAUUUCAAAAGUCCCAGGUGUUAACUAAACACCUGUGAAACUUUGCAGCCUUGGGCUGAUUUCUUGACGUGAACCAAAUUGCACCUUCAUAUAAAUUAGAAUUCAUGCGCUUUUACGAAUAUGGGACAUUUUUGAAAGAAAUUUUAUCAUUUAAGUGCAUGUUGAUUGUAAGUAACACUUAUGCACCAUGUAAUGUAGGUGUAACAAGAUUCCAAAGUAGAAAUAAAGUUAGUUGUGCACUGUACACACAGCAAUAUAUUUACAUGCACAGAAAUUCGUAUGAGCUUUAUAUUUGUCUCUCUGCCAUCGUCCUACAAGGUAAAUGAGGCGUAAGUCGUAAUAAAGUUAUUACCUGAAAACAUGGUGCUUUUAAGCAUUUUCUCUGCUAAAGAACAAGUGGGUAGGUUAGUUCCCAUGCAGCGAGUUAAAACUGAGGUGGACUGACAUUAUGAUAAAUGGCUUAUCAGCAUGUUCAUGUGUCAAAUUCCCGCUGAUCUAUAUGGGUUUGAGAAACAUAAACUGACCCAUAGGAUGAUGUGGUUGACAGCAUCCUGUGGGUCUACAGCUGCUGAAGACAAUGGGUGCAAGCGUGACUAACAUAUAGAUCACAGAUUAUGUAAUAUAAUUACUGGCACUUCUUAUCAAUACUUAAUACUUCAGAAUGCAAUGCAGAAACUGUAUUGUAAUUAUUCGUGUUGCUGGCAUGUGCCAUUGUUUAUUGGUAGAUGUCUGUUAAGUGCUUUCAGUUCUAUUUAAUGAACAAAAGAUUAUGGGUUUUUAUACCCCCCACAAGAUCUUUCAGCGUGCAUCUGUCUCUAUUUUGUGUACUGUUUUCAUAUAUAGACCAAUUGCAGCAACCCUAGAAAUGUGAGAUGAGUUAAAAAGUCAUUAUUUCCUUUCUAUUACAUCACAUUUGUGUUUUCAGAAACAAAUAUACAGUUAAGUGCAUUUUAAAUCUUAAAACAUAUUGUACAACAAAACACACAUGAACUGCAACUUUAGGCAUGACAAAUGUAUCACGCCAAACCCUCAUCAGCCAAAGAUGGCUCUCUCUGUGGCUUGACAGGCUGAGGGAGAAUUAGAUCAUUGAGAAUUUUUAAGGGGCCAAAAUAUUUAAAAAGUUUUGAUACUUCUCAGGUAACGCAUUAAGUUGACAUGCUGACAACACACACACCUAACAUAAUUCCUCGCUGUCAUAUGACUGAAAACUUGUCAAGUAUUACUUAAAACCCCAAGCGUACAUAGUCAACAGCAACCAGGUCCCCAAUUGUUUGUUUUCUGAACUAAUGUAUGAGCGAGAAAGUUCAUGAAUGAACUAAAAUUUACUUAACGUUUUGCUCAGCGUUGUAUGUAUGUAUGAAAUGCUCAUUGAUGUAGGAGUCUGCUUUUCGGAGAAUGUCUGGUGGAUGAUCUGCCUGUCAAUAGCUUUGAUUCUGCGAUAUACGCGUCGCAAUUACAGAUGAUAUUGGACAUCGCUAGCCUGUGAUUCUGGGGAUAUACGAGUGGCAAUUAUAGAUGAUAUUGGACAUCGCUAGCUUGCGAUUCUGCGAUAUACGCGUCGCAAUUACAGAUGAUAUUGGACAUCACUAGCUUGUGAUUCUGCGAUAUACGCAUGGCAAUUACAGAUGAUAUUGGACAUCGCUAGCUUGUGAUUCUGCGAUAUACGCGUCGCAUUUACAGAUGAUAUUGGACAUCGCUAGCUUGUGAUACUGUGAUAUACGCGUUACAAUUACAGAUGAUAUUGGACAUCGCUAGCCUAUGAUUCUGGGGAUAUACGCGUGGCAAUUACAGAUGAUAUUGGACAUUGCUAGCUUGUGAUUCUGCGAUAUACGCGUGGCAAUUAAAGAUGAUAUUGGACAUCGCUAGCUUGUGAUCCUGCGAUAUUCGCAUCGCAAUCACAGUUGAUAUUGGACAUCGCUAGCUUGUGAUUCUGCGAUAUACGCGUCGCGAUUACAGAUGAUAUUGGACAUCGCCAGCUUGUGAUUCUGCGAUAAACGCAUCGCAAUUACAGAUGAUAUUGGACAUCGCUAGCUUGAAUUAAAUGAAGAAGGCGUGGAUGAGCUUUACACACUUCCCUGCUUGUUUCAGUUAAACAUUCGCCUUUUGUUACGAUGAAAUGACUUUCUGCUUGUCUGUUAAAAGGUCAAAAUGUGAGUCUUGAAGGUGUAUGUGACUCACUUAACUAAGUAGUUAGAUGACAAUGCCUCAUUAUAUAUCGCAAAACACGUAUAAAAUAUUCAUAAGCUCAUGUUACUGUGGGUAUUAAUUGAUGUGUAGUGUAGAUUUUACGUCACGAUUGUGUAAUCCACCCCUUCAGGUAGAAUCCAUUAAGCUUCAUGCUGAUUAAUGCGUGUGACAUGCCUAUGCUAAUGUUCACAGUAAAUCAUGUAGAGCCUCAUAGAUGGCCUUGUCAUCUGACAGCUAUUGCCAAUUUCUUGCCAUUUGUCAUCUCAUCAUGUGUCUUCCUUGUACAGACGUGAACUGCGCCAGUUACGGAGAUGAAUUAUCUUUAUUAUUCAUUUAAAGUCUUUCUGAUAAUUAUUUCAGCUGGCGUCAAGGCAUAAUUAUCCGUAUUCUGGAAUGUGGUGUUAAUCAUGCAGCCUGUUCAGGUCGGCUCUUCCCGGUUUCUGCCCACCGUAAUGCUGGCUAACAACGUAUACGUGAAAUAUUCUUCAGUAAAACAUCAAGCAAAUAAAUAAAUACUUUAUUUGAAGACCACUUGUCUUGAUGAAACAGUACCAUACUGCAUACAAGCCUGCAAGUCACAUCAGUAAUAUUGCAUACAAGUCUGCACAUCACGUCAGUAAUAUUGCAAGCAAGUCUGCACGUCAUGUUAGUAAUAUUGCAUACAAGCCUGCACGUCACGUCAGUAAUAUUGCAUACAAAUCUGCACGACACAUCAGUAAUAUUGCAUACAAGCGUGCACGUCACAUCAGUAAUAUUGGAUAUACACUAAUAUUGUUAAACACUAAUCAAAUAAACAAAUAAAGUACAGACAUACAUUCUAGAUAACGGUCAUCCACACUUCGGAUUCACAUUACAAUCAUUUCACUACCACAUAUGUUUUCAAGAAGCAAGAAUGAUAACGUCUAAGGCUCUAUGUAGCCCCUAAUUUUUUAUGAGUAAUAAGCAUUACUGUCUACUAGUUUAUCCGAAGUCAAGGAAAGCAGACAUAAAAUCUACAUGUGAUGAUCCGUCAAAAUCUGGAUCUUUCUAGUCCAGGAGCCCUUCUAACUGGCAUAUGUACACAUAGCACCUCCAUUGCAAGCUGGAUGUGGUUGUAUGGCAUGGUUAGGGGAUACGGGUACAUAAUUUUGAGCUUGAAGCUGACGAAUUUUCUACAUAAACAUGGAGGAAAAUCGGUGCGCUCAUGUAGUCUUUAAAGCUUAGUCAUGAACAGUUUUCAACUGGCACGACACUUCAGUGUGGCAUGGAACACUUACAACUGUUGCAUAUAACGCUUACAAGAGGUGCUCAGAACACUUUUCAAAGCAUUGCUUUGAACACUUUUCAAAGUGCUGCCUAGAACACUUUUCAAAGUGCUGCCUAGAACACUUUUCAAAGCAUUGCAUAAACACUUUUCAAAACAUCUCGCAAUACACAUCUAAAACCGCUGCACAGAACACUUCAAAGUGUGCGUUGCAUAGAACCCUUUCAAAGUGUGGUUACUCGAUCCACCAGCCCUAAAGUAUUUUGAGAGUAUAAUUUUCGUUCCAUAAGUAUGCGUUAAAACAGCUGCAUUAAUUUGUCAGAGAAAUGUGAUGGUUAUUUUUUCAGCCUUUCAAAUAUCUCUGUUUAUGAGUGACUAGUGAACUAGCCAUGUUAUUUCCGACUGGAUAGGCUUACUUGUCGAGGUUGUUAAGCGGAAUGUCACAGCUGAAGAGUCUAAACUCCUGUCAAUGUCAAAAUAUGGGGACAGAGGGAUAAAUAACAAAUUACUAAAUUAUUAAUGGAUUUUGAAUGACGCAGAAGUAAAAGUUUCACCAAAUUACUGAUGUGAGAAAACAACGUACCGGUACUUCAACUGGUGCAUGUUUCACAUGCAGUCAUUCAGCAUAACACAAUAGGCACCCUGUACACCAUUCACAGUUCAAACUGAGAUCCUCCCACGAUAAUGCUGGCCGCCGUUGUGUAAGUGAAAUAUUUUUGAGUACGGCGUAAAACACCAAUAAAUAGAAAUUCAGGAAUUUCUCAAGAAA